AUGAAUCAAAAAAAAAAUAAAAAAAUGCAAGGGUUACCUUAAUAACCGAUAUUUAAAAUCGAUAAUUCUUAAAUAAAAGCCGAAACUUUAUCUCUAAUUGACCGAGGAAAAAGAUUACUAAAUCAAGGAGAAACAAUUUAAGAAAAAGAAGAAGGUCUUUAAUUAUAUUUACAAGGAUUAAGAAAAUUAUAGCUAUGGAUAGGAAGAGAAACAGAUCCUGCAUUAGUCCAAAGUCUAACUCAAACCUACCAAAACAGUAUAAAAUCAAUCGAAUAAAAAAUGUAAUUACUAGAAGAUUAAAAAAAAAACUUAAACAAACCCUAACAAAUAGCUGCCUUAGGAGGUGAAAAGAAUAAUUCAAAUGGAAAAGAUGAAAACUCUAAAUUCAAAGACACUCUAUCUGAAGCUAUAGUAACAGAAAAGCCCAAUAUAAAAUGGGAUGAUAUAGCCGGUUUACACAAAGCAAAAGAAGCACUAAAAGAAGCCGUUAUAUUGCCUAUUAAAUUCCCUUAAAUAUUCGAAGGGGCUAGAAAGCCUUGGAAAGGUAUUCUUCUAUAUGGACCUCCUGGUACUGGUAAAACUUAUUUAGCUAAAGCAUGUGCUACGGAAGUCGAAAGUACUUUUUUUUCAGUUUCUUCAGCUGAUUUAGUUAGUAAAUAUGUAGGAGAAUCUGAAAAAUUGAUAAAAUCACUUUUUUAACUUGCUAGAGAAAAAUAACCAUCGAUUAUUUUUAUUGAUGAAAUCGAUAGUUUAUGUUCCAAUAGAUCUGAUGGAGAAAAUGAAGCUUCAAGGAGAGUAAAAACGGAAUUCUUAGUAUAAAUGGAAGGAGUAGGUCAUUAAGAUAAGGGUGUACUUGUUUUAGGGGCUACUAAUAUUCCCUGGGGACUAGAUCCUGCUGUUAGAAGAAGAUUUGAGAAAAGAAUUUACAUUCCAUUACCUGAUGAGGGUGCAAGAUAAUUUAUGUUGAAGCAUUAUUUGAAGAAAACGCCUCAUAACAUUAAUGAUGAAUAAUUUUAAUAAUUCGCUAAAAAUACUGAAGGAUGUUCUGGGGCUGAUAUUUCGAUUUUAAUAAGAGAUGCAGUUAUUGAACCAGUUAGAAAACUCUAAUAGGCAAAAAAAUUUAAGAAAAUAGGAGAUAAAUUCAUGCCAGUAAAUGAUAAUGAAAGUGGUAGUGAUAUUGUGGAAAUGAAUUAUAUGUAAUUAACUUAAAAUAAUUUAUUUUUGCCAGAUAUUUGCUAUUAAGAUGUACUUUAAGCAGUUAAAAAAACUAAACCUUCCGUCGGAUAAGAUUAGUUGAAAGAUUAUGAAAAUUUUACAAACUAAUUUGGGUAAGAUGGUUGAAUAUUAUGAUUAUUUUACGAAAUAUAUAAAUAUAUAUAUAUUUUUUUUUUGUAGUUAUUUUAUUUAAUAUAAAAAUAAUAUAAUAGAUAUUUUUUUUUAAAAUAAUAAUAAUA